AUGUUUCUGAUUCCUAUGCAGCUCAACUUGAUUAAAAAUGUCAUUGUGGCCACUGAAGUUGCCUGCUUGCUGGUCACCAUUCAUUGUUUGUUUUUAUUUAUCGUUAGCAUGGAAAAUUGGAAAUUCGUGAUUAUCAAGCAACUGAAAGCAACAGUGAAAGGAAUCUUCACCUUGAUCUCAUCAUGUCUAUUCUUCCAUCUUCUAGCUGUCUGUUUUGGAGCUCCUUUUCUCACAGAAACAUCAGAGACCUUCCAUUUUGCAAUGUUGCUGACCUGUUGUGCAGUAUUACCUGCUGUCGUCACUCUUGGCAAUAACUUUAGCCUUUGGGUUAAGGUGUAUGCUGAUAACAGCCCAGACAUUGGUUGUGCAUUGGUGGCUUUCAUUCUGUCAGUUUGCAGCAUCUUGGGGGCUUGGUUGGGUGCAUUUCCUAUCCCACUUGAUUGGGAUAGACCCUGGCAGGUCUGGCCGAUCAGUUGCGUCUUUGGGACUCUGGCAGGGUAUGGUGUUGGAUUAAUAACCAGUUCAGGGUUGCUACUUUAUAAAAUCCAAAUUGCCAACAAACAAAAGAACAAAUUCAUGUAG